GGGUGGAGUGAACGGAUGAUUUUUAUCCGUGUCGACAUAAACAGGAGCUGUGCGGAUCUUUUAGCUGCUACUAUGAAGUUGGGAGCGGAAUUGUGGCUGUUGCUGUGGGCAGCAUUUGCUGUCUGCAAUGGGCUUCUGCGAAUUCCUUUGAGAAAAUUUCGCUCCAUUCGACAAACCUUCUCUGAUUCUGCAAACAGCAUCGAGGAACUUGUUGCAGGAGACCAAUCCAGCAAAUACAAUUUGGGCUCCCCACAAAGCAAGGGGCCCACUCCAGAAACGCUGAAAAACUACCUGGAUGCACAGUACUAUGGAGAGAUUGGUAUUGGAACACCACCUCAAAUCUUCACUGUGGUUUUUGACACUGGCUCCUCCAACCUCUGGGUUCCUUCAAUUCAUUGUUCUAUAACUGACAUUGCAUGCUUGGUGCAUCAUAAGUAUAAUUCUGACAAGUCUAGCACGUACGCGAAGAAUGGGACCCAAUUUGCUAUUCAGUAUGGUACUGGCAGCCUAUCCGGAUACCUUAGCCAGGACACCAUUACAAUUGGUGAUAUUAAAAUUCAGAACCAGUUGUUUGGUGAGGCCAUCAAACAGCCUGGUGCAGCCUUUAUUGCUGCCAAAUUUGAUGGAAUUCUUGGCAUGGCCUACCCACAAAUAUCAGUUGAUGGUGUUGAUCCGGUGUUUGACAAUAUCAUGAGGCAGAAACUGGUGCAAAAGAAUGUGUUUUCUUUCUACUUGAACAGGAAUCCAGACACUCAACCUGGGGGUGAGCUUCUGUUGGGUGGCACUGAUCCCAAAUAUUACACUGGAGAGUUCUUCUACUUGAAUGUCACCCGGCAAGCGUAUUGGCAAGUCCAAAUGGAUGAUAUUGCUAUUGGUGAGACCUUGGUCCUUUGUAAAGGAGGCUGUUCAGCUAUUGUGGACACGGGAACAUCUUUGAUCACUGGACCUGCUAUGGAAAUUCAAGCCCUACAGAAAUCCAUUGGAGCUAUACCACUUAUUCAAGGCCAGUACAAAGUUGAUUGUGAUAAAGUUGCCUCACUUCCUCCCAUCAACUUCCGCCUGGGAGGGCGGACCUUUACUCUGACUGGAGAGCAGUAUAUCCUCAAGGAAAAGCAAAUUGGCAUGACCGUCUGCCUGAGUGGAUUCAUGGCUCUUGACAUUCCUCCGCCAGUUGGUCCAAUGUGGAUUCUUGGAGAUGUCUUUAUUGGGCAGUACUAUACAGAGUUUGACCGGGACAACAAUCGAGUUGGAUUUGCAAAGGCUGUGUAACAAUGGCGACCACAUUAACAAUCCACUAGAAUAUUGAUAAUUGAAGUGCACUAAUGUUCAAAACUAACUUGCAGCAACAAUCGUGGGAAUCCUUUAGACUAGUAACUUUAUCAUAAUGACUUCCAAAGUGCUUGAUUAUAUGCUGAUUUACUUUCAAGCUAAUGGAAGUGCAGAAUGUUAGUGUUCUGUUGGGAAUGUAAAAUUCUCUUUGCAGUGAUUUAGAUGUUCUGUUUCACAAUAUGUUUUUACUUUACUUUGCAAUCUGAGUAUUUUGCCUUAAUGUGAUCAUUCCUUUAUUGAGGUAAUGUCUGUUUCUGUUCAUGGCUCCGAGUCCAGUUUGCUUCACUUGAGAUUCCACCUUGUGUAUUGUUUUUUACCUAAAAAUGUGAUGCUUAGUACAAUGGAGCAUCACAUUACAGUGACUGUAUAUUUUGUUUCCAAGGAGACAGAGAUACUGCACUGAUUUUUGGUUUUGUCAAGGACUUGUACUCCUUACCCAAUCAAGGAAGGAAUUUUGGUCCUAAUGAUGGUGCUAGGUGAAAUAUCAUGCCAUUGGAGGGAGGGAGAGAGAGAAAAACCUGGAACUUUACUCCUGCUAAUUUGCACAAAGGUGAGGCAAAAAAAAAAUGGAACUACAAAAAAAGUAAAGAAAAUUUGGGGAGGGGUGAUAGGUAGAAUCUAGAAAUGUUAAACUAUGGGAAGAUUUCUUAUUUAAGAGAUGACAGAUUUUAAUUGUUUUAGGAUUAUUUGACAUUUUGUUCUAUUGUAAUAGGACUAGAUGGAAUCAAAUAAACUGAAAUACAAUAA